AUGCUGCAAGAUGACAUUGUUAGAAUGAUGGUUACAGCUGACAUUUUAGUGGUAUCAUACAUACUCUUCUGCAAAAUAUGCCAAGUUGUCCUUUCUCACCAUUGUUCAGCAACCCCCCCAGAUACUAUACGUUGUCGUGGGAAGGUGUGGACGGAACCAGCUUCAACAAUUCAAAUGGGCCAGAAUAUUACUAUAAACUGCCAUUCCGAUAAAGAUGUCUGUCAGAAUGCUAAAAAACGUAUGCGUCUAAAUCAAAGGGAGGUCGAGGACAGAUUGGUGUUGGUUAUAAACAAAACUACAGUUCAACUUCAACUUCAUGAUUAUAACAUUUCAUUUUCCACAGUCCUUUGUUAUACUGUAUGUCCUCUAGGAAAAAACCAACUAAUAUGUGGAACAGAAUUUUGCGUGGGCUAUUCACCGGACAUGCCAGCCAACUUAACCUGUGUCAUAUAUGAGUAUUCCGAUAAUAUGACAUGCACUUGGGACCCAGGCAAGAACACACAAUUAAGCACCAGGUACAACCUAUAUUUGAAAAGUUUUCAGGGAGAAGAAAAUAAAACAUUUCCGGCAAACAAUGCCUCAGGUACCAUCCCUCUGAGUCAAAUGUGGAAAAACCAAACAUUUUAUGUUGGGGUCUGCGCUGAAAAUCACUUAGGAAAAAACUGCUCAGAAGAACUGUAUGUUCACCUUGAUGAUCUAGUGGCACCAGCUACACCCAUUAUUAUCCAGAUUGUAGACUCUCCAUUAUUUAAGACUACAAUACAUUGGGAAAAGCAAACUGCAAUCAAUGAGACUUAUUGCGAAGAACGAUACAAGGAGAAGACGGACAAAACUUGGCAUGUUAGAAAAUGGGAUGCUGACUUUAAAAGGGAACAUCAAACUGAGUACAAUUUGGAUGCAAACAUGGAGUAUGAGUUUCAAGUUAGAUGCAAACUAACUCAUGCCCAAAGCUUUUGGAGCAAAUGGAGCAAAUCUGCAGUGCAUAUGACUCCUGAGGCAGAACCUUCUUCAGUACUCGAUGUGUGGAGGUUUCUGGGGCCAGCUUACCCGAAUGGUAGCCAAGAGGUAGUCAUCUUAAUCAAGCCAUUUUUUCCUAAGGAGAGCAGAGGAAGAAUUUUGGGCUACAGGGUAUUCUAUGAAAAUCAAGGAGGAAUUGUGGAUUUAUGUAAAACGACAGAAACAAAAUGCCAAGUUUUGGUUCCCCCAGCAGUUACCAUUCUCCACGUGACAGCACAUAAUUCAAAAGGAAGUUCCAAACCUGUGAAUAUUACAGUGAACCAACCUCCCCAUAGUUUCCAUGAUUUCCCACCACCUACCAACAUGCAAAUGAACCACGAUGAACAGAAAGGGAUUUCUGUUGUAUGGAAACCUCCCCAAUCCAUUGGAAAAGUAGUUUUGUGUUACAUAGUGGAAUGGACGUCUGCAGAUUUCAGACAUGGACUUGCCUGGAAAAAAGUCCCCAUCCAAAACACAACAACAUAUAUCCAAGAAAAUGUCAGAAUGGGGCAUAACUUCAACAUUUCAGUGUAUGCUGUGUAUCAAGAUGGCACCAGCAAGGCCUGUUCCAUCCCAACAUUGCUGGGGGGAAAUCAUACUCAGGACACUGAUAAUGGUCCAGGAAAUAUAUUUGCGGUUACCAACGGUGAUGAUGGUGGUGGUGUUCUGUGGGGAACUGGCUUUGGAAUGUUCUUCUUAUUUAUAAUUAUUUUGAGUCUGAUUGCUACAAACAUUAAGAGGGUUAAAACAGCAUUUUGGUCGAUAACACCGAAAUGGCUUUUUGAAGAUUAUCCUAGAGUGCAGAACAGCAGUGUGAUCAAAUCACUUCAGGGGGAAAAUGGUGGCAUAACACACAAUUCCACUGGGUUGUUCAUCGAUUAUGAGGAUACUGUAGUAACUGAAGUGGAGGAGACACUGGUACACAAGGAGUAUAAGGUUAUAGAUCAUAAAGAGGAAACUAGAGAAGCAGUUCUGGAUAAUGUUAACAUUCCAGAAGACAUACUGUUUGUUGGCAAUUCGGACACGACGGAGGGAAAUGGCUACAAACCUCAGAUUUCCAGCCCAGCAGUCUUACAAGGCAGUACUUAUGAAAUACAUUCUCAAAGUCCAGAUAAAAAACCAAACUCCCCAGCUUUGCCCGUGAAUAGUUUAAUAGAAGAUUUCCCAAUUCCCAUGGCUACCACAUGGCCUAUUGUUGGUACCAAUGAAAAUACAUUUUUAUUUGAUAAAAUCAGUCUUGUUUUGAACAACAAUAAAAGUGGACAGUGCAACAUGGUCAGCUCAGCAGAUGAAGAGCCACACACACCAACAGAAAACCAAUGGAAGCCCCUACUUUCAGAUGAAGAUAUUCAAGAACAGACCUUAAUACCAGAUGAACUUCUCUCUUGCUUGAAUGCUGUGAAUGAAGAUUCUUCCGAUAUAAUGUCUUACUUUCCUCAAAACGUUGCAAAGUGACUUUCUUAUUAGGACUGAAUAUAAGACUUCUGCAACCAUGACAAACAACAUUGUUCUGCAUUUUCAAGUAGAAUAACUCAA